CACGUUAUCAGCUCUCUGCCUGUGCUGGAAUGAUUGUGCGGGUGCCAGCUUGUUACGCAGCAUGCAGCAGCAGCAGCAGCACUGCCUUUGGCUCAGACUGGGCUUGACUGGACCCGGAUAGAUGAGACCUGUGUUCACGUUUGUUUUGCGGUAACAGCUCUGAGGUGGAGACACAGGAUGGCUGCACUGCGUCAUCUCAAGCAGUGCCACCCGAGGGGCAUUGCUAUCUCUCAGUUUCACACAAGCAGCCCUGCCUCUGCCAAACAGCAUUACAAAAUGCUUGUGCUGGGAGGAGGAACUGGCGGUAUCACAAUGAGCUCCCGGAUGAAGAGGCUGGUGGGAGCAGAGAAUGUAGCUGUGGUGGAGCCCAGCGAGAUCCACUACUAUCAGCCAAUAUGGACCCUGGUUGGUGCUGGUGCAAAGACUGUAGCGUCCUCAAGCCGUCCCACUGCGAGUCUAAUGCCAUCUGGAGUGAAAUGGGUGAAAUCUAAGGUUCAGGAAAUUAACCCAGAGACAAAUACUGUCUGCACGGACGAUGGGACUGAAAUCUCGUAUGAAUAUUUGAUUGUGGCGCUUGGUUUAGAGCUCCAUUAUGAGAAGAUCAAAGGACUCCCAGAGGGGUUUGAGCACCCAAAAAUUGGCUCUAACUACUCUGUCCAAACUGUGGAGAAAACGUGGAAAGCAUUGCAGGAUUUCAAAGAGGGCAAUGCUGUGUUCACUUUCCCAAAUACUCCUGUGAAAUGUGCUGGAGCGCCACAAAAGAUCAUGUACCUGUCAGACGCCUACCUCAGGAAGACGGGCAAAAGAGCAAAAGCCAAUGUGAUCUAUAACACAUCAUUGCCUGUGAUCUUUGGGGUAAAGAAAUACGCUGACUCACUGUGGGAGAUUGUGAAAAAGCGUGACCUACAGAUUAACCUGAGGCACAACCUGAUUGAAGUGCGCGCAGAUAAGCAAGAAGCUGUGUUUGAAAAUCUUGACAAACCAGGGGAAACCAAAGUGUUCGAGUAUGAAAUGCUUCAUGUUACACCGCCAAUGGGACCCAGCUCGGUGAUUAAAGGCAGUCCGUUGGCCGACGAGAUCGGCUGGUUGGAUCUGAACAAAGAAACCCUCCAACAUACCAAAUAUCCAAACGUGUUUGGGAUCGGAGACUGCACCAACCUUCCCACAUCCAAAACCGGAGCAGCUGUCGCCGCACAGUCUGCCGUCUUGAACCGAACUAUCAGCAAAAUAUUGAAAAAAGAAAAACCAGAUAAGAAGUACGAUGGGUACACUUCAUGUCCUUUGGUCACAAGCUACAACACAGUAAUCCUGGCAGAGUUCGACUACAAUGGACAACCGCUGGAAACGUUCCCCUUCAACCAAGCCAAGGAGAGGCAAUUAAUGUACCACAUGAAAGCGGAUGUGAUGCCUCACCUCUAUUGGCAUGGCCUUCUUAGGGGGCUGUGGGGCGGACCGGGACCUUACAGGAAAAUCAUGCAUCUUGGGAUGAAAUGAAACCUCAUCUUCAGUUUGAAUCUGAAAGGAAAUUCAUUGUGUAAUCAUCUACCCAAGGGUGGACACGCAUAUGGAUAAAGGAGUAAUGUGAAUGUUUUGAACAUCAUGAUUAAUCGGUCUCACAGAAAAGCUCAUUUAAGUAGCGUUUUUGAUAUUACUGUGGAAUUAAACGACUGGAAUGACGGAGUGGGUCUAAACUGCUCAUAGAUCAGCUGUUUUUUGGUUUAUUGAUACUUUUGACAGGCCAAUGAAUGGCCGGUCGAGAUGCUCUCAUAAGCCAGAGAUGGGGCUUUUAUAGGGACCGAGAACAAAAGUUUGUAGAACACUCUUACUCCACACCUCUGGUGUGGAAGAAUAUAAAAUUAAAACCUCACGUGCAAAUGUAAGUUGGAUCAUUUCAGUUGUGUGCUUUUUUUUUUUUUUUUUUUUCCAGUUAUAGUUGGUCGGCAUUGGCAAAAUUUAUAUAGUGACAUUAAAAAACCAACUCUAAAUUCAGGUUAUUUCAGGGUAGCCUUUAAGCACAGCAUAUAAAUAUUACUCUUUCCCAGAUUGCUACAUUGAAAACCGUGCACAUGUGUGCAGUUUAGUCAUUGUGCGUGAGAUGUGUUCAAGUCUUUGGCUUUAUUUAGAGUUUUAAACUAAUCAUGCUACCACACAUUGUGUAGGAUUUGCCAUUUGGGGUGUUUGAACAUUAAUACGCAGGCUACAACAAGUGCUUUUUCUUACGUUUAGACAUCAGUGUCUGAAGUAGAGUUUUGUACAUGAUGAUUAUUUUUUUUAUUAGUUCUCAACUGAGGCAGAAACAUCUUGGUGGCUAUACAGUCAACGCUAGCUUCAUUGUAUUAAAACAUAAAAAGAUUAUCCUAUAAUCAUUAAAAUGACUGAAGCUUAUGAAAGCUCACGUCAGACUGUUAUUGCAGGAUAAUAUUAAACAACAAAUGAAUUGUUUUGUUAUUGCAUUAAUUAUUACUAACGUAAAAUUACAAUAUUGGACUUUAAUGAGCAGCUUUGAUUUGAAAUGGUUAAAUGUGUUGACGUCUUGGAUUAAUGUUAUGACUUUAGGGUUCUUCUGUGCAACUGUCAUGCUCCAAUUUAGAUGUGUGGAUCAUUAUCUAGACUCUAUUGCACCUUUUACACAAGCGGUUUUCAGACACGGGAGGGAGGCCAAAAUUUAAUGGCACACUUGUGUAAAAUUGCCAGUAUGUCCUCUGAAAUAAGAAUAUGAUAGGCUCUCAGAUGAAGACACUUUUGAUAGCACUUUUGCAUAAUCUGAAUCAUCUGUUUUACCUGAUCACUAUCAAUAGACUUUGAUGUGUACUUGUAUAAAAAUUGGAUUUAAUUUGCAAAAUCCAGAGACCUGGGUCACUGGAUUCACACAGACUACUCUUUAUUCUUCUCUCUGCAUGUUAAAGGUCAUCAGCAGGACUGCGCUUCAUAUUACAAACUGGCAGAAUAUGUCUUCAGUUCAUGAUCACCUUUCCAGCAGCAGUUUAAUGUCAACGUUAAAAACAUCAAUGUCGGAAACUUGCAGGGAUAUUUAAAUGACUGUGUCGGAUUUCAUGGAUGUCCAGAGUUUGGUUAAAUGCCAAGUUUAAUUCACUUUCAUUUUUGCUCCUUUCCCACUUAUUUGAUUUUUUUUUUCCCAACAAGAGAUAAUCUAAAUUUGACUAAAAGCUGACCCUGCUUUUAGUCAAAUUAUACAGUAUAAUGUGGAGAAACUGCUUUUGUUUGGGGGUUUUGUUUUGUUGUUUUUCUUUUGGUUUUU